UGCAGUCCACCCAUGUGUCCCAAUGGCGUUAGUCGCGUACUUUCUUAUACUUCAAGCCGUCACUAUUGCAGCCAAGAACUGUGGCAAAGCAAAGGCGCCUUUUGAGCUAGGAGCAUGGAACGGACACCUCCAACACCUCGACGCGGCGACCAUAGAAAACAACCCAGUUUCAGUCGCAGAGGGACAGUUCUACGUCUACGAAAACACGUUCCCGAAACACACAAUAAAAUACCUUCACGUCGACAAUGUCGCCCAGAAAACGUGCGGAGCUGUGGCGACCUUAAAGAGGGGAGGCAUUGACGCGUCAUCAGUUCUGAUCAUUCUGCAUGCGGAGUCUAGCCAGGAAAUACGUUCCGUCAUAGACGUGUGGGGCGUGCCGGCGUCGGUCCCGCGUAAGAGAGAGAUGAAGCCGUUGGAAAGAGUGGGAGACCUGAGGGAUAUGCAGUCGAAAUACUUGUUCAUGAAGGCGCGAGCGCUGAACCAUAAUACUUGGAGUGAUUCGCCGUCUGACUCCGAGUAAAAGAAAACAAUUAAAUACCUAGGUUUUAGUGUUUUUUAACAGGUAGGUCUAGGUAGCCUCUUAGGUACUUUUGUGUCCCUUUGCAAAAGUAACUUACAUACUUUUGUUUCAGCUUAGUCUCAUUUGCAAAACGCCCCGUUUGAAACCGUUACUAAAGGACAAUACCUAU